CCCGCGAGGAAAAAGGAUGUGUUUUGGCUUAGCUGCCGCAGUGUUGCCAGAGCAGUAGUCGCGGAGUACCAGACCAGAGUUCAGUUGGGGAUUCUGACCAAGGUUCAGUCGUCGAGGAGCAGCAACCGGCAGCAGUGGGUUGGAAGGAAAGGAACCUAACCUGGAAACUCGUGCAGCUGAGAGCCAGUUUGGAAGCGGAGAGAGCAUAAUAAACUAAGUGAUAUUAGUGUGUGGUGUGGUGAUAGAUGGUCGCUUGUUGGUGAAUUGAACCGCUUGAUUGGUAUUAAGUGGAAGAGUGGAAAAUUGGCAUGAAAUUGGAGAUUUCGACCUGACACAGGAGAGCAGAUCGUGUGUGCGUUUCGGAAGAAAGCUGGGCAGCGGCAGCACUACUAGUGAGAAGUAGUAGUAUAAAAAGAAGAAGAAGAAGUCAAGUGAAAGGAGUUAAGUGGAGAAGAAAAUAAUAUUGAUUGUCAUCUCGAUAGUAGCAGAGGGAGAAUCUGUGUGUGCAAAUAAGAAGGGGAAAUAUAAUAAGUUCAUAUGUGAAUUGUGUACUUUGUGAUCAUCCGUCAGCUAAAAAUUUUGACAGAGUUGUAGCACCAAGUGCGAAUGUAUAUACUAUAAUGUUUUAUUGUUGAUGUAUCUUCGCAACUGUAUUGUAUCCGAUGUCAGUUUAUAAGUAGUAUUAGUGAUUUAUAUAAUAAAAUAAUCUACAUUACAACUUAAAAUUAAUAAAACAUAAAACAGCAAAGAACAUCUUAAAAAUACACGACAAUUUUCCAAAAGCACUGUAUCCGUAUCGCAGAUCAACCAACAAUUGCAUACUUUUUGCCCGUGAAUAGCUCGCUCCGAAGCAAUAACAAUCCGGUGCAAGUGCAAGAAAACAAGCUUACACAGGCUUGACACAUCACAUACGUGAACACACACAAAAAAACGAGAAGAACGUGCCGCCGGAAAAUUUUACCGCUGUUGCGCGAUUUUCCACGCUUUUCCGCGCUUUUUUAUUAAUACUUUCAAAAAAAGAGACGAGCAAAAGCAUCAAAACAUUUCCCAUACAAUCAAAUAAAAAUCUCUUCUACACACACAAACCGUUCUUCGACAAAGCCGACAAAGUAAUAACAUCACAUACAACGAACACAGUGAAGACGAGGUGAGCCUUUUUGUGCGCCACGUGGAAAACGGUAGGUUCAGGGAAAAGGAUUCCUUUUUUUGCUUCCUAACGAACAGUGAAGAUCAAGCGUCGCGCCAAACAGACAGCCAAGUCGCAGGAGUCAGGAACCGAGCCCUCGAAAAGAGAGAGAAAAGAGGAGAGAGCGUCGGAACUCCAUUAAAUCUGCGAACGGAAAAAAACUCGGAAAAGUCGAGCGAAAAAAAAGCUCGAGACGAGAGAGAGAAAAAGAACAGUGUGUUUGAGUGAGCAAGAAAAAAAAAAACAAAAAGAGAAGGAGAGUGCUUAUCGAGCACGUUUGGUGUGUAAAAAAGAGAACGCGAACAUCUAAAAAAGAGAGAGAGAGAGAGUAAAAAAAGGACAAAAAGCAGACGGUGGAGGAGCAGGAGCAGGAGCUCGUAUAAUCAAUUGGCAAACUGGGCACUCAUGGGACUCCGAAGCGCCGAGGGGCCGGACAUGAGCCUCCUGUGAAGAGUUUAGCCUUUGGUGACGUCAAACGUCUAGUGUCAGGAAUGCACAGCACUGAAAAUGUUGCUGUGGAACCGAUCAGUGAUCACACAGUCAAUGCCCAGCACCAGCAGCAGCAGCAGCCCACAUCCCAGCGAAUCUCAGCAACGACGGCAACGGCAACGGCCCCCGGUGUUACGGCGAUGGGACACACGACGGUUACACCGAACGCACCGGCAAUCCAAUCAUCGAUCCAGUCCGCCCCGAACCUCGGCCUGGGCAGCACCGGACUGGCCAACAAGGACUGCGCCGGCUGCGGGAAGCGCAUCACCGAGCGAUUCCUGCUGAAGGCCCUGGACCUGUUCUGGCACGAGGACUGCCUCAAGUGCGGCUGCUGUGAUUGCCGGCUCGGCGAGGUCGGCUCAACUCUGUAUACUAAGGCGAACCUUAUACUAUGUAAGCGAGACUAUCUCAGACUGUUCGGCACCACCGGGUACUGCGCGGCCUGCAACAAGGUGAUACCGGCCUUCGAAAUGGUGAUGCGUGCCAAAAACAACGUCUAUCACUUGGAGUGCUUCGCCUGCCAGCAGUGCAAUCAUCGGUUCUGUGUGGGUGAUCGUUUCUACCUAUGUGAUAACAAAAUCCUGUGUGAAUACGACUACGAGGAGCGCCUAGUGUUCGCCAGUAUGGCGUGCAACCCGUCUAGCCUAGCACAUAUACGGAGGCAACCCUCGUUUCUCUCCGUUUCUCCCCAACAGCCCGCCGGAGAAGGUCUCAUCGGUAAUGUCGGCAGUGGACGUAUGCCGCCAGCCGUUAAUCGACCUGCAUACGUAGCAGACAAACUGGGCCUCGCGCAACAGCAACAGCAACAGCAAGGUCCUCAGCAGCAGCAGUCCCAGCAACAACCUCCCCAAGCAGCAUCCAAUCAGCAGCAACUCCCCGGCGGCGGCGGCGGCAAUGGUGGGGGUGGGCCCCAUCUGCAGAACCCCAAUGGCCAACAGCAGCAGCAUCAUCCCAGCAAUCUAGGCCCCCACCGGGACGACGGUUCCAGCGGGUACGGAAGCCCGGACUCGGAAACGUUCGAAACGCCCACCUCUGCCCAAUGACGGCCAGUCGUGCCCUGAUUCUGCGAGGCUCGAGGAGCGGCAGCGACGGCCAGUUAGAAUGGGCGAUUGACCCCAGCUCGAUUGAUGAUGAUGGGGAAGGAUGGGAGAAGGGUGGUUCAUUACUAGAGGUUUGUCGUACCGAUCGGAAAGGGUCUACAAAAUGUGCGUUCUAGGUCGAGAGAGAACAAAUGUGUGCGACUCUGAAUUGGUACGGCAUUGAAUUGACUGUACUGACAUUUUAUUUGAUAAAAUAAUUAGUUUCGUGCAAUUAGAACAUGAUUUCUUGUGAAAGAUAAGAAAUAACAAAAUUUGUUUAAAAAUCUUCUUUUUUACGAGUUCAAAUAAUAUGUUUGAUUGAGGGUUUUAGUAGAAUUCAUCACUGUGGUUACGUUUGUAUUAAAAUAAAAAAAAACUAACAUAAUCCACUUAUGUGCUUGGUGCCUUCCUCACUCAUUACCAACAAUGGUGAUGGGUUUGGACACAAACUAAUUUUGUUCAGAUUCGUGUGUGUGUGUGCAA